AUGCCGUCCUCUGUGCCUGUGCAGCGUUGGGUGGGUGAGCUGCCCUUCCUCUUUGCAUGUAGAGCCCUCACCGACAUCGAGGAUGUGUCGCUGAAGACAGCCGUACAUCUUCGAGCUGGAAGGGCCAAAGUUCCCAUUUUGUUCCCAGAUGCCCUCGUGGAUGAUGAUUUUUUUCAUGAACUCCCAGAAACUUUUCCAUCUGAUCCUCCAGAGCCAUUGCCCCACUUCCUCAUUGAACCCGAAGAGGCUUACAUUGUGAAGAACAAGCCUGUGAAUCUGUACUGCAAAGCCAGCCCAGCCACGCAGAUCUAUUUCAAGUGCAACAGUGAAUGGGUUCAUCAGAAGGACCACGUGGUGGACGAGAGAGUAGAUGAAACCUCUGGUCUGAUUGUCCGGGAGGUGAGCAUUGAGAUUUCCCGCCAGCAAGUCGAGGAGCUCUUCGGGCCCGAAGAUUACUGGUGCCAGUGUGUUGCCUGGAGCUCUGCAGGCACCACCAAGAGCCGGAAAGCCUACGUCCGCAUCGCAUAUCACAGAAAGAGGUUUCAGAGGGAUCCCCUGGGUUACAGGCUGCCGGUUUUACAAUCUCCCCUGCUCCAGUGCCGGCCCCCCGAAGGCAUCCCAGUAGCCGAGGUGGAGUGGCUGAAGAACGAAGAGGUGAUUGAUCCAGUGGAAGACCGAAAUUUUUACAUCACCAUUGAUCACAACCUGAUCAUUAAGCAAGCCCGGCUUUCUGACACGGCCAAUUACACUUGUGUCGCCAAAAACAUUGUGGCCAAAAGGAAGAGCACCACGGCGACGGUGAUCGUCUAUGUGAAUGGAGGCUGGUCCACCUGGACUGAGUGGUCAGUCUGUAACAGCCGAUGCGGGAGAGGCUUUCAGAAGCGUACGAGGACCUGCACCAAUCCUGCCCCACUCAAUGGCGGUGCCUUCUGCGAGGGCCAGAGUGUUCAGAAAAUAGCUUGCACCACUCUGUGUCCAGUGGAUGGCAAGUGGACGUCCUGGAGCAAGUGGUCCACCUGCGGCACGGAGUGCACCCACUGGCGCCGGAGGGAGUGCACGGCCCCAGCGCCGAAAAACGGGGGGAAGGACUGUGAGGGGCUGGUGCUGCAGUCCAAGAACUGCACCGACGGGCUCUGCAUGCAGGGUUUCAUUUAUCCUAUUUCAACUGAACAGAGAACACAGAAUGAAUAUGGAUUUUCUUCUGCUCCUGACUCGGAUGAUGUUGCUCUCUACGUCGGGAUCGUCAUAGCCGUGAUCGUGUGCCUGGCUAUUUCCGUGGUUGUGGCCCUGUUUGUCUAUCGCAAGAACCACCGAGACUUUGAGUCAGAUAUUAUCGACUCCUCGGCGCUAAAUGGGGGAUUUCAGCCUGUUAACAUCAAGGCUGCAAGGCAAGACCUCCUGGCGGUACCACCAGACCUCACUUCUGCUGCAGCCAUGUACAGGGGUCCAGUUUACGCCUUGCAUGACGUCUCUGAUAAAAUCCCAAUGACCAAUUCUCCCAUCCUGGACCCUCUGCCCAACCUGAAAAUCAAGGUUUAUAACACCUCUGGCGCAGUCACUCCCCAGGAUGACCUCUCUGACUUCUCUGCCAAGCUGUCCCCACAGAUUACACAGUCUCUGCUGGAGAAUGAGACCCUGAAUAUGAAAAACCAGAGCCUUGCUCGGCAAACAGACCCAUCGUGCACUGCAUUUGGGACCUUCAACUCUUUAGGAGGUCACCUAGUAAUUCCCAAUUCAGGAGUAAGCUUGCUGAUCCCAGCGGGGGCCGUUCCACAAGGAAGAGUCUAUGAAAUGUAUGUGACAGUUCACAGGAAGGAGAACAUGAGGCCGCCUGUAGAAGACAGCCAAACCCUGCUGACGCCGGUGGUGAGCUGUGGCCCACCGGGAGCGCUGCUAACCCGGCCCGUCAUUUUAACCAUGCACCACUGUGCGGAACCGAACACGGAGGACUGGCAGAUCCAGCUGAAGCACCAGGCUGCCCAGGGGCCAUGGGAGGAUGUGGUGGUGGUCGGGGAGGAAAACUUCACCACUCCGUGCUAUAUCCAGCUGGACCCAGAGGCCUGCCAUAUCUUGACAGAAACCCUCAGCACGUAUGCCUUGGUGGGACAGUCAGUCACCAAAGCAGCAGCCAAACGUCUCAAACUGGCCAUCUUUGGACCGCUGUCCUGCUCUUCGCUGGAGUACAGCAUCCGGGUCUACUGCCUCGACGACACGCAGGAUGCUCUUAAGGAGGUCCUCCAGCUGGAGCAGCAGAUGGGUGGGCAGCUUUUGGAGGAACCCAAAGCUUUGCAUUUUAAGGGAAGCACCCACAACCUCCGCCUGUCCAUUCAUGACAUUGCCCACUCUCUCUGGAAGAGCAAACUGCUGGCUAAGUACCAGGAGAUUCCCUUUUACCACAUCUGGAGUGGAUGCCAGAGGAACCUUCACUGCACCUUCACACUGGAAAGGUUCAGCCUGAAUACGCUGGAGCUGGUGUGCAAACUCUGCGUGCGGCAGGUCGAAGGAGAAGGGCAGAUCUUCCAGCUCAACUGCUCUGUCUCAGAGGAACCCACUGGCAUUGAUUAUCCUCCCAUGGACUCAGCAGGCACCAUCACCACCAUAGUAGGGCCCAGCGCUUUCAGCAUCCCCCUCCCGAUAAGGCAGAAGCUGUGCAGCAGCCUGGAUGCCCCCCAGACCAGGGGCCAUGACUGGCGGAUGCUGGCCCACAAGCUGAAACUGGACAGGUACCUAAAUUAUUUUGCUACGAAAUCGAGUCCCACCGGGGUGAUCCUGGAUCUCUGGGAAGCCCAGAAUUUCCCUGACGGCAACCUGAGCAUGCUGGCGGCGGUUCUUGAAGAAAUGGGAAGACACGAAACCGUUGUUUCUUUGGCAGCAGAAGGAAAUUACUGA